AAAAAAAAUUCCUGUUACUCAUUGAAAUAGUAAAUAUAUGCAGGCAUCGACAACGUCAGGAGCAGUGCAGAUCAAUUUGGAUGAUGACGAUGUUAACAAUAAUGAUGAUGAUGAUGAUCUAAUAGGAGAUACAAGUGCUGAACUGGAUCCGGAACUUUUAUCGAUCGCUGCAAAAGUCAUCUCACAUUCCUCACACUUGAAAUCGCCGAGUCCAUCUCAAAAUUCCAGCUCUCAACCAACACUAUCAAUGUCACAGGACAUGAAUAACAGUAACAACAACAACAACAACAACAACAACAACAAUAACUAUAGCUCACCAUCAAUACCCACGAAUGCAUCAUUCGAUCCUCUUUCAUUUCCGGGAUAUGAUCACCUAUCUUCAUCAGCUUCAUUAUCAACGUCAGCCUCACCGCUCAGAUCACCUCCUUUAUCAUCGCCAGCACCAUCAACACCACCGACAUCAUCACGACAGAUCAAUGUUUUGUUCAGGAUGAUCCGACAUCCCUUGUUAAACCCUCGUCCUGAGCAUGAAUUGGCCAUGAGGGAAUUGGAGAAGGAUAUCAAAGUGGCCAUCAGAUCCGACACGACGUUCCGCAAGGCCAUGGAGUUUUAUUGUCAACAAAAACGGAUUCAAAACACAAAUCUGAUCUUCACCUUCCGUGGAUCACGAAUGAUGCCCAGCUCAACACCCGAUCGAUUACAGUUUCCGGAAUAUGCGGUAGUGGAAGUAUAUGAACAGAGUGCAUACAAGUACAUGAAAGAACAAGAGGCACGAAAGUUGGAGGAGCUAGAUCGAAAAGCACAGGAGGAGUUGGCGCUCUUGCAACCAACGGCCACAGGGAAUAAGGUGGAAGGAAAAGAAAGUGGACAAGAUAAAGAAGAAGAAGAAGACGAAGAAGAAGAAGAAGGAGCAGGAAAACAGGGUGAUGAUCAUGAACAUUUAUUUAUCAAAAUCCGAGGCAAGGAUACUGCGGACGAAAAGAUUCGUGUCAAAAAGACGACGACUAUCCAGGCGAUUCUACUGCAUUACAAGAAUAUCAAGAAGAUCCCUCCAAGUACGGAUGUAAAGCUUGAGUUUGACGAUGAAGCCCUGAAUCCUUCCCUAACCAUUGGUGAAACAGACAUUGAGGACGAUGACAUGUUGGUUGUCCGUCUCUCGUCAUAGUCAUAGUCAUAGUCAUAGUCAUAGUAGUCAUAGUCAUCAUAGAGACCCUCUUCCCCACCAACCGUUAAAAAAAACUUGUACAACAUACUAAUAAAAAAAAAAAAAUCAAACAACUUUUUUUUUUUUUUUUUUUGUUUUUUUGUUUUUAUUCUUUUU